GAAGCAAUCGCGAUAAACAUGGAAAUGGUCUCCAAUGGUGAUAUGAUAUGUAGCUGCAGCAGAUUAUAGCCUGCAUCAUGGAAGAAAAACAAAUGUAGCAACGGGUUGCAAAAACGAUGCUAGUUUUGCGUGUACGCGUAUCAUUGAAUGAAGCCUGUCUACAGUAUGAAUGUGAUAUUUACAGUGGAGGCAAUUUAGCUGUCUAUCAAUUGGGCUGCUAGCUAGUGAAGGGCCAUGUUAGCUCGAUGCUUAAUGCUAACUCGUUUAUUGUAUAGUUGAGGUUAGGAAUCAGGCUAGUUGACGCUACCAAUUUCACACAUCCAAAAUAAUAGUGGAACAUCUGCGUGUUAUCAAUGCCUUUCUGAAGAAAGAAGAAAUAGCUAGCUAAACCAGCUAGCAUCUGAGAAGGUAUUGGAUUCAUAUUUCACCCAAUUUCCUCCAUUUGAAGAAAAGCAAACUGGCUGAGAUGGAUGAACAAAGUGUUGAGAGUAUUGCGGAGGUGUUCCGCUGUUUCAUCUGUAUGGAGAAGCUGAGGGAUGCUCGGCUCUGCCCCCACUGCUCCAAACUCUGCUGCUUCAGCUGCAUACGGCGCUGGUUGACUGAGCAGAGAGCCCAAUGCCCACACUGUCGGGCACCACUGCAGCUGCGGGAGUUGGUGAACUGCCGCUGGGCUGAAGAGGUUACCCAGCAGCUGGACACCCUGCAGCUCUGCAAUCUCUCCAAACACGAGGAGAACGACAAGGACAAGUGUGAGAACCACCAUGAGAAACUCAGUGUGUUCUGCUGGACCUGUAAGAAGUGCAUCUGCCACCAAUGUGCUCUGUGGGGAGGCAUGCAUGGCGGCCACACCUUCAAGCCUCUGGCUGAGAUCUACGAGCAGCACGUGUCCAAGGUGAACGAGGAGGUGGCCAAGCUCCGCCGCCGCCUUAUGGAGCUCAUCAGCUUGGUGCAGGAGGUGGAGAGGAACGUGGAAGCAGUGCGAGGGGCCAAAGACGAGCGAGUGCGAGAGAUUCGUAAUGCAGUAGAGAUGAUGAUUGCCCGUCUCGACAACCAGCUCAAAAACAAACUCAUCACCCUCAUGGGUCAGAAGACUUCCCUCACCCAAGAGACUGAGCUACUGGAGUCUCUCCUGCAGGAGGUGGAACAUCAGCUGCGCUCCUGCAGUAAGAGCGAGUUGAUCUCCAAGAGCCCAGAGAUCCUGCUGAUGUUCCAGCAGGUUCACCGCAAGCCCAUGCAGUCCUUUGUCACCACUCCAGUCCCCCCCGACUUCACCAGUGAGCUGGUUCCUGCCUAUGACUCAAGCACUUUUGUUCUGGCCAACUUCAGCACCCUGAGACAGAGGGCAGAUCCCGUCUAUAGCCCCCCACUCCAGAUAUCUGGCAUCUGCUGGAGACUCAAGGUUUAUCCAGAUGGCAACGGUGUGGUGCGCGGCAACUAUCUGUCCGUUUUCUUGGAACUAUCUGCAGGACUCCCUGAAACCUCAAAAUAUGAGUACCGUGUGGAGAUGGUCCAUCAGGCCUCCAGUGACCCCACUAAGAACAUCAUCAGGGAGUUUGCAUCAGACUUUGAGGUGGGGGAGUGCUGGGGCUACAAUCGAUUCUUCAGACUGGACCUGUUGGCCAGCGAGGGCUACCUCAACAUGCAGACUGACACCCUGGUCCUCAGGUAUCAGGUGCGUUCGCCCACCUUCUUCCAGAAGUGCAGAGACCAGUACUGGUACAUCAGCCAGCUGGAGUCAGCCCAGUCCAGCUACAUCCAGCAGAUCAACAACCUCAAAGAGAGGCUGGCCAUUGAGCUGUUCCGUAGGCAAAAGUCUCGUAGCUCGUCCCCUCCUGACCGGCGCCUGGGCACCUCGACCUCUGAGAGAGACUCCCGCUCAGGGAAAGAUCCCAUGGCUGAGGAUGGCUGCCAGACCACUGCCACUGAGACCAAAGUGGAAGAGGACGAGGAGGAGGAGGAGGAGGAGGAGGAGGAGAAGACCCAGCACGAUGACUCCAAUGAGCUGUCUGAUGGGGACUUGGAAGUGGACUGUCUGACGGGGGACGAGGAGGUGAACCCUCUGGAUGGUAGCAGCACCUCGGGCAGCUCCACGGCAACGAGCAACACAGAGGAGAACGACAUCGACGAGGAGACCAUGUCUGGGGAGAAUGAUGUGGAGUUCAGUGGGAACCUGGAGAUGGAGGAGGGAGAACUGCCUGACGAUGUGGCAGGGGCAGCAGGAGGCUCUAACCAUGGGGCCAGGUGUCUGAGGCGUGGUGGAGGUCUCUCCUCCGCUGGCAGCAACAGCAGUCUGCUGGAGAUUGACCCAGUCAUCCUCAUCCAGCUACUGGACCUGAAGGAACACAGCAACGUGGAGUCACUAUGGGGCCUUCAGCCCAGACCCCCUGCUUCCCUGUUGCACAGCCAAGUCCAAGUCCACUCCAGAAAGGAGCGGGGUGAGCGCCGGCCUCAGGCAGUGAGGAGGGGAGCCCCAGACUCAGGGGUCCUGAUCCGGCUCAAGGCCCAGAUGGCUGAGGUGCGCAGUAAGAUGACGGAUGUCAAGUUUCAGCUGGAGGCGCGGGGGGAGGCCAGGGUAGGACCCUCUAGCAGAGCCACAGGGGAACAGGGGCCCUCUUACCACGCAGACUCAGACCUGGGGCCCAGCAGAAAGUCCACAGAGCUGGAUCUGAUGGGGAAAGGACCUGGGGCCUCUAGACACUGUCACUCUGGAGGGAAGAAGGCCUUGUCUCCCAAGCAGGAGGGCAGCAGGCUGGGCCCGAGAAGAGCUACAGACGGAGUGGAGAAGGAGUCAAGAGGCCAGAGCAGUGAAGAGUUGUCCAGUGAUCAAAGCCUCUUCCCCAGGGACACCCCCAAUGGAUCAGAAGGAUCCCUGAAGCCACACAGCGUGCACAGCUCCCCUCCUUCUCUGGGCAGCUCAUCGUCAUGCUACGACAGCAAGCCCUGCAUUUCCAAACACGACCAGGAGCAGCUCUACGGGGCUGAUCUGUACGCUCUGGGGGGCCUCAACGGCAUCUCCACCUCCACCAUAGCACCACCCAGAACCCAGCCCAUGGGGUCCGGCCUGCUGAGGGACAGAUCUCUGGACUGUGACUUGGAGGAGACGGCUGAGGUCCGCCAGUCACUGCUCUCCCUGGCAGAGGGACCCUCUUCACGCCCUGAUGAAAGUGAGCCGUACUGCUCUAACCCCCCUCUUCCUCUACCUCGACCCUCCUCUAUGGAGGAAUGCUAUUGUGACGGCAGUCAUCUUGUCCAUAAGCAGACUGUGGUGCUGCUGCCAGGUAUGAGCAGUGACAGUGAGAUCGACUGUGACACGGAGAACGAAGAUGAGGUGGUGGCCAUGGAGGCUGGAGACUGCUGCUAUGAUGCCCAGGCACUGCCCUGUGCAGGGACCCAGUUGAACUCGGACGACCUGUGCUUCACCACAGGAGAGAACACCGAGAGGUGAUUCCCCUCCAACAUGGCCUCCACAGCCGGUCUAAACAGUGGCCAUCGCCAUAUGGGCACUGGAGAGCAGUGUAUAGAACUUUAAUGUACACAAGCACUUGUGUAGACACUUGCAUGCAGUCAUUCUAGUCACCGGCAACCCCAAAUGCAAUGAGAAUGCUACAACUCACUAAGUGAGCACCUUGAUGAUGACUGCAAAAUAUGUAAAUAUAUUUGAUCACUUUUUAUUAAUCUCCAUUUAUAUUUAAAUGUAAAUUGGGUUAAAUAUGAGUUAGAAUGGGGCGAGGAACAAUAUAUUUGCGAGAGACAUUCUUUAGGCUGUCGUUGUGAAAAGUAAAAUAGUAACAUUUUAUCAUAUGUAACUAACCUCAUGGUUGAUGUUUGCAACGUCUAAAUACUCCGAUUGGGCUUUGGUCUGGACAUCGAUUGGGCUUUGGUCUGGACAUCGAUUGGGCUUUGGUCUGGACAUCGAUUGGGCUUUGGUCUGGACAUCGAUUGGGCUUUGGUCUGGACAUCGAUUGGGCUUUGGUCUGGACAUCGAUUGGGCUUUGGUCUGGACAUCGAUUGGGCUUUGGUCUGGACAUCGAUUGGGCUUUGGUCUGGACAUCGAUUGGGCUCUGGUGAAUUUUGAGAAUUAAGCACAGUACACCUGCUUCACAACAGAAAGAGAACCUUAAAAUCUCUCUGCCUUUCUGAUUCAAUAGGUGCUAUUGAUGUGUUUGUGUGGAGGAGCACAGUUAGGCAGGCAUCACACAGUGCUGUAAUGAACACACCAUUCUUGAAAACAGUCUGCACGAACGCCUUGAAGUGGAUGCAUUUAGUACCUUUAUUCCUGUUUCACCAUUGAUUUAAAACUUGUUAGGAAGUCCCUUUUCUGUGCAAAUCUUAUCAUUGCAAACUACUGUAUUUCGUCUACUACUCCCGGUAGAUUGGAGUUGCUUGCUCCCCAGUAAAUCUUUCAGAACAAGAACCAGUUUUUCUGCUGUGUAGACACAUUGAAGGAUGUAUCAAUGGUACGUCCUUCUCUGGCAUUUUUAAGAGAUUGCUACCUUCUGAAUGUGUAUUGAGUAGUUUCUUAGUAGAAAAUUAGGCAUGACUCUUGUUCACUGUAGCGGAUUUUGCCCGAAUUGAUGAUUCACACUGACCUUUCUUGGUUGACAGUCUGGGCUUCAAGUGCUUUUUAACCUUGUCUCGUAAUUAAACAUCAAAGCUGAUGUACCUUAUCUGUACAUACAGGGUUCUUUCUUUCACCAGUAAGUGUUUUCUGCAGCCCUUGUCAAGAUCAGCUCUGUAACAUAGGCAUGUAUGUAGGUAGUGUUUUUGAGUUUUCUGCGCUGCUAUCUUAACUAUUUUUCUGUAUUGUGUGCGCAACUCCUCCCAGUUCAGCUAUUCUGCUCGUCUUUGAAAAAAUGGGUCCAUGCAAACUCACACAUUUUGACUUCUAUGAAGCAGAUAUAAUUUUGUUUUUCAAUUUAGUCGAUUCCUUUUCAAAAAAUGGAUCCAAAUGUCACAUUCCAUCGUCUUGAUUCUAGAUUAUUUUAUUUUGCUUGUUUUCUGGGCAAAAUUUGACCAAGGCAAUAUUUGGAAAGUCAUUUGUUUGACAGAGACAUGUGUAAAUAAGUGUUUGUUUUGUACAAAGGCUUCCCAACAGUGAUGUGAAGUGUUCUGUUCUUUAAAGCAUGUCAUGGAGCAAUUUUCUUUCAAUAUCCUUUUUUUCCCCAUCAGAGGGUGCCAUCUCUUCCUUGUAGUUGAGCUUUGCUGUGUGACCGUGGACCAUUUUAUUUACACAGUAACAUUAUAUUAUUUUCAACACUUGAAAAGCAAUCUGACGACCACACUAGCAUCCACAUGGACAUCAUAGCAGAAACUGUACUCUUUGUACCAUGGAGAACAAUGAACACUGGCAAAGACUGUCUUCAUUGAAAUGUACACUGACAAGGUGACCCAACUGAAUUUGUAAACAUUUCUAUCUCUUGAAAGGGAGAUGUGUAAGAUGUCUCAAAGUAUACUGGUGUGCAUUGACUAAUAAGGAAAUAUGUUCUAAAUGCCUGAAUGGAGAGCUCAGUGGUUUACACUAUAAAUAUCUUCCUUCAGCUGUAGGAUGCCUGAUGUUUACCCCCAGCUGCACAGCCUCCUAAUGUUCCAUCAUGUGUGCCUAAAACUGCAUGGCUUUAAUGGAGUUGAACAGGCAGACGGAGGGUGGACAAUAUGCUUUAAACCUCUUAUUGUGCCCUUGUAUAUACAGCUCCAGAUUCAUCCUGAUAUGGUCUAAUUGUAUCUAUUUCACUGUCAGUUCACUAUGCACAUUUCUGUUUGUGCCCAGGUUGUAGCUGUGUGUUUGUCUGAGUGGGGAAAGGGCUGACUUAGGAAAGGUACUAGAAAGAGGGUGAUUUAGAUGGUUUCAAGUGUUCAUGCUUUCCUUUGUGUCUACCAUGAGUGUUUUAUUUGAUAUUGUCCCAGAAUGCAGUGGGAUUUUUAUUUGUUGGGUAUGUGUCAUUUUUUUGUUGUAACUAAUAGAAUAUGACAUUUUAAGAAAUAAAAUAUUUUAUGGUUUCUUGAAA